AUGUCGUCAAAGGGCCCAACAAUUGCUGGCUCAGACGGAUCAGAUUUUUCUCAUCGUCAAAAAGUUGCCGACCACUACAAAAUCAGUGUACAAAACAAAAGUCGACUUAAAUACUGUAUACUAUUUCACUAUAUUCUAUUCUUUCUUAUGGGUGCAAAAUUAUGCCCAGAUGUUUUGGAUAGAUUGGAUAUAUUUGUAUUAGAAAUUGAAGAACUUGAAAUUCCUAAGCCAUUGCUUUGGGAAUAUUUAUGGUGUUUGAGUUUGCCAGCAUCUUUUCUGGCAUUACGUGCAAUUAAGCAUAAUUGUAUAAAAAAUAUUUCCUUUUACAUCAAAUGGAUUAUUUCAUUCGGUGUUUUACCCGUAGUCUAUGGCUUUUUUACAUACCUUCCACAAGUUUAUACUUUUAUUACAACAAGUCCAUCAACUGAAUCUAUUCAACUGUGGCGGAACUUCCCUUAUGGUAUACUUUGGUACAUAUUUAUUGCUAUAGCAGUUCAAAUUCAUGGAUUCUCAAUAUAUUUUGCACUAAAUUUGAAAAAGGCCUGGACUGCCAGGGGUACUGCUCAAAAAAAGAAAUAA